CAGUCACUGGAAAUCCCUGCAGCAAGAAACUCCUGCGUACUUUUCCCCCCUCACACACAGUGUGAGUGUGAGCAGCUGAGAGCACAAUGCCACUCGUGCCACGGGGCGAAAACAGGCGCAGCGCCUGCAUCGUUGCGCCAACAAUGUGGAGAACGUGGAGUGUUUUUUGCGCAUGGAGUCUUCUGUUCCUCACAGAGGUCUGUGCGCAGUCUCAGCGGAGUAGACCAGUCUUCGGAUGUGGUGGAAACGUCACAGGAGAGUCUGGAGUAAUCGGGAGCCAGGGAUACCCAGGAGUUUACCCCCCAAAUACCAAGUGUGUGUGGAGAAUCACAGUCCCUGAGGGUAAGGUGGUGGUGUUGUCCUUCCGCUUCAUUGACCUGGAGAGCGACAACCUGUGCCGCUACGACUAUGUAGACGUUUACAGUGGACACGCCAAUGGGCAGAGGCUAGGCCGCUUCUGUGGGACGUUCAAACCGGGAGCCCUGGUCUCCACGGGCAACAAGAUGCUCCUGCAGAUGGUGUCUGAUGCCAACACAGCCGGGAGCGGUUUCCUGACCGUCUUCUCCGCUGCCCAUCCUCAUGAGAGAGGGGACCAGUACUGUGGAGGCAGACUGGACAAGCCCAGCGGCAGCUUCAAAACACCCAACUGGCCUGAGAAGGACUACCCAGCGGGUGUGACCUGCUCCUGGCACAUAGUGGCACCAAAAAACCAGAUCAUUGAAGUCAAGUUCGAGAAGUUUGACGUGGAAAGAGAUAACUACUGCCGCUACGACCACGUCUCCAUUUUCAACGGGGCCGAGAUUAACGACGCGAAGAGGAUCGGGAAAUACUGCGGCGACAGCCCCCCAGCGCCGGUGUUUUCCGAGGGGAACCAGCUCCUAAUCCAGUUCCUGUCAGAUCUCAGCCUCACGGCGGACGGCUUCAUUGGACACUACAAGUUCCGACCCAAGAAGUUCCCCACCACCACGACGCCACCCAUCACUACCACACAGCCAGUCACCACCAGGGCCAUACCUCUGAAGUACUCCGUCGCCCUGUGUCAGCAGAAAUGCAAACGGCGGGGAACACUUGAAAGUAAUUACUGCUCCAGCAAUUUUGUAAUUACCGGGACGGUCAUUACGGCGGUGAUGAGAGGAGGAAGCACGUACGCCACCGUCUCCAUCAUCAACGUGUAUAAAGAAGGCAGUCUGGCCAUCCAGCAGGCGGGAAAGACCAUGAGCACCAAGAUCAUUAUCUUGUGCAAGAAGUGCCCAUUCAUCCGGAGAGGCUUGAACUACAUCUUCAUGGGCCAGGUGGACGAGGACGGCCGGGGCAAAAUCGCACCGCACCACUUCGUCAUGGUGUUCAAGUCCAAGAACCAGAAAGGACUCGGCGUUCUGAAAAACAAGCGCUGCUGAGCUCCAGUAGCUGCGAGGAUCGCCGCUCAAGUGCCAGGCCUGAUGGAAACAAUUAGGUAAAAAAAAAUAGAAAGAAAGAAAAAGAAAUCAAAGAAAACUCCAGCU